CGGCGGCCGAGCAAGUCGGCUUUUGGCGCCGGACAAGGGAUGCUCACGAUGGCUUGGAUACGCACGCUCGUCGCCCUCACUGCGCUCCUCUCUCAAGGAGUGCUCGGCAGCUAUCAUGGCAUCAAGAUAGGCCCAUUGAAAACACAAGCACAUGGUGUCAGGGGAGACGUAUACGCUGCAAAUGACGUCAACUUUUACAUCGCAAAUUUUUACUACGAUGGCGACGCACCAGCGGCGCACUUCCAGGUCGGCACUGAAAGCGAGCCCGGCCCUCACGGUACCAACCUGCCCGACGAAACCGGAAGCACGGCCCCCUUGAAGGGUUACCGCGGGGCCAACAUCACCAUCAGAGUGCCUGACAACAAGAAAAUCACCGACUUCAAGUACCUGGGCGUGUGGUGCGAGAGCUUCGGGGUUAACUUUGGUCACGUGGUGAUUCCUUCGGACUUCAAGUUGCCGCAGCCGCAAACCAUCGGAACGGGCGUCACUGGUGCCCAUGGCGUUAAGAUCGGCUCGGUCGUCCUCACGGACGCCAAUACGAUCCAACUCACCAACUUCCACUACGACGGAGCGGCACCCGACGCGCACUUUUUUGUGAGUCCCGAGCCCAAGCCCCCCCGUGCCAGCGGUGGAACCAAGCUGCUCAACGAGAAUGGCAGCAAUGACAAGCUGCCGGCGUACACCGGCAAGGACGUCACCCUGAAGCUUCCCGGCAAGAGCACGUGGGCCGACUACAAGUGGUUCUCGGUGUUCUGCCUGAUGGCCGACACCAGCUUCGCCACCGUCGACAUCCCGAACGUGCUCACCGUUCCCGCUUUUCCGGAGACCGGAGGAAAUCACGCUGCGCAAAGCCUGCCGUCGGUGUUCCUCUCCUUGGGGCUGGCCUUGUUCGUGGCUCUCCGGCUGGGACAACCUUCGGGGUCGAGCUGAAAAGGGACGACGUCUUAGCCGAGGAUCUCCGGUACCGUCCUGCACGACGCUCGCUUGAAACGGCACGAAAGGAAUAGCUGGCUGCUUCCUGCUGCUACAAACGCGGUAUCCCAAACAAACUUUGUGUGCGAAUAAAAAAAUAAAUAAAAGAAGAAAAACGUGA